AUGUUUCUUCUCCUGCAACCUCUCGCUCUCCUCUUCCUCACCGUCCUGUUUCUGUACCCUUUAUUUCGGCACGCCUAUGGAGAGCCCAAGGGUUGUAAGCUUCCACCCGGCUCUUUUGGCUGGCUCCCACUGAUCGGCAAGACCAUGUCUUUCAUCAAUCCCCAUUUGUCGUGCACGACGGGUCAAUUCCUGGAGGAGAACAUCAAGCGGUACGGGAAGAUCUUCCGAUCGCAUCUAUUCGGUCACCCCACCGUGGUAUCAUGCGACGUGGACUUCAAUCACUUCAUCAUGCAGAACGAGGGUAGACUAUUCGAGGCCAGUUAUCCUGCGAGCAUCCCAAAAGUUAUUGGCGAUUUCACGAUGCUUGUUAUGACCGGCGAUGCGCACAAGCGCAUUCGCGGCGUGGCUCUCGGCCUCUUCUCCUCCAUGAAGACGCACGAGGCUGCCACUAUUUCCGACAUCGACAACAUCGUCGUCCGGCUCAUGGAUUCUUGGAAGAACAAAAAGACCUUGGUUUUCUGCGAUGAGACUCGCAAGUUCACUUUCAGUGUGAUAGUCAAGCAUACCCUGAGCUUGAGCCCCGAAGACCCCGAGACCGUGCAGCUCCUCGAUAACUACAAGACAUUCAUGAAAGGGUUUGUGUCAGCCCCAAUAAACCUCCCCGGCACGGCCUUUGUCAAAGCUCGACGAGCGAAGUUUCAGAUUACAAAAAUAGUGGGGGAAAUCCGGGAUCGACGACGGCGACAGAGGAUUGCUGCAGGAGCGCCGGAGGUGGAAGGGACGAAAGAUUUUCUCGACUUGCUGGAGUCCCAUGGUGGCCUGGCGGAGGAAGAGAUCUUUGGCCUCGUGAUCGAUCUUUUGAUCGGAGGGUACGAGACCACCGCCAUGCUCAUCGCUAUCAUCGUCAAAUUUGUAGGGAGCGAUCCGGAGAUUCUGAGCGAGCUCAGGGCAGAGCAUGCUGCAGCGAGGAAGAAGAAAGCAGGAGAUGAGCCACUGAAAUGGCAGGAUUACAAGGACAUGCGGCUCACUCAGUGCCUCAUAAACGAAGCUUUGCGUCUGGGGAACGUGGUGAAGUUUGUUCACCGCAAAGCAAUAAAGCCCGUCCGAUACAAAGAGUUCGAGAUUCCUGCUGGGUGGAAAGUUCUGCCGAUACUUUCCGGUGUUCAUUUGGACGGUUCUCUCCACAAUGAUCCUUUCCGGUUCGACCCACGGAGAUGGCAGAACGAGGAGGUGGAGAUCGCAAGGAACUUUAUGCCAUUUGGUGGAGGGAAAAGGUUGUGCCCUGGAUCUGAUCUGGCAUGGUUGGACACCUGCAUUUUUCUGCAUCAUCUGCUCCUCAAGUACUCAUGGAAGACGCAGGAGGAGGAUGACUGGCCCAUGUCCUUCCCGUUCCUCGACUUCAAGAAAGGACUUAAGAUUGCCAUACAACCUCUGAGCGAUCCAUGUCCUUCUCAGGAGCAGGCCACAAGUUGA